AUGUAUGUGAGCUUCCUAAGUAGUGAAGAUACAACAAUCAGUCCAAGAAAUAUGCUGCGAAAACUGGAAAUAGCUAAUGGACAAACUAAAUGUUCUGACGAACCUAAAGAAAAAGACAUUAAAAAGCCAGAGGAAGAGGACACCAACAAAAAUGUAUAUGUGGUUUCCAAUGAGUUUGUAGAUGUAUUUUCUAAAGCCACGGCAAACACAGAAGAUUCAGACUCUCUUGGUUUAGAAUUACAGGAAAUAAUUGACUCUCCACCUGCAGAGAAAACAAACAAACUGAAAAGUAAACUGAAAGAGUUAGAGAAUGUUACACUUAACAUUGCUAUAACAGGGAUGACAGGAGCAGGGAAGUCUUCCUUCGUCAAUGCCCUCAGAGGCCUUUCUAAUGAUGAUAAAGACGCAGCUCCCACAGGAACAACUGAGACUACCAUGAAGCCCGACAUGUAUCUGCACCCCUCCAUGCCAAAUGUGAAGAUCUGGGACCUGCCUGGAAUUGGGAGUCCCAAAUUUAAAGCAAAGAAGUACCUGAAAGAUGUCAAUUUCCACACUUAUGACUUCUUUCUCAUAGUGACCUCUGAAAGAUUUAAGGAGAACGACAUCGAGCUGGCCAGAGCGAUCAUGAAGAGCAAGAAGCUAUUUUAUUUCAUUCGUACUAAAAUUGAUAACGACAUUCGUGCUGAAUCACACAAAAGAAACUUUGAUGAGCGGAUGUUGCUCAAAAACAUUCGAGAGGAUUGUAAGGCGAACCUAUUGAGAGUCGGAAUACCCCAAAUAUUCCUAGUAUCUUCAUUUAAUUUGGAAAAAUAUGACUUUCAGAAGCUCAUCGACACCCUCGAAGAUGAACUUCCAGAGAACAAGAAAUUUGCUCUCAUUCAGUCUCUUCCCGUUUAUUCUCUAGAGGCCCUCACAAAGAAGAAAAUAUACUACAAGAAAAUGAUUUGGCUAAAUGCAUUUGCAGCCGGGGUUGGGGCGAUAGCUCCCAUCCCAGGAUUGUCACUGGCCUGUGAUUAUGGCAUCAUGAAGAAGUUUUUUCAGCAAGUCUACACAGGCUACGGCUUAUCAAAUCAGGCUCUAGAGGCACUAUCAGACCGAGUGAACAAACCGGUGGAGAAGCUAAAAGAUGCUAAGACAUCACGCUUCAAAGAGGGGGCCACUGAGGAUAUUGUGAUUGAAAUGCUGUCUACACCAAUGAUUGCUAUAGCUAAAACGCUGGGGACCAUAAUAUCUCUGCUGCCAGGAGGAGCUCUACCAGCAGGAGGAACAGCCGUCGCUUCUGUGCACUACCUGCUUAACAUGGGACUCAAUGAGAUGACAGAAGACACCAAAUGUGUCCUUUCUGUGUCACAGCUUGCUUAAUAGGCAUAAAAAGGAACUGUUGAUGCAGAAAAAAACAUGUAUUGUAGUACUA